AUGCCUAAUCCCGACUCGUUUUGGAUCGUGUCUUUCAGGCCAGACUCUGAAGACACCAUAUCAGAACUAUCAGAGAAGCUAUCUGGUAUCACAACUAUCAACGAAUCAAUCUCGGCCCCUUUCGCACAUCUCAUCCUCCCGGAGUUCAAGGUCCCUCCACUGUCUACUCUGAUCAGUUUAUCCGAAAACUUAUCCAAAACAGAGGCUUUGACCAACCAGACCCUUCAAAAAAUUGUCGAAACCCUGAAGCUGCUCGCGAAUUCCAAGCCAUCAGCGUUUGCACGCAAGAAGCCAAACUCCAACUCAGGCGAGGCGAGCGAAGACGAUAAUUUGAUCAUGGAAGAUGGAAAAUCUUACGAAUCUUAUCUAUUCAAGAAUUGGGAAUGGAACCGAGGAAAGUAUAAUAGGGUGGAAAACAGAACGCUAGAAGAUCUGGUGGAAGUGCUGGUCAAAGAAGUUACUCUGAUCGACAACUCUCAUAAACUCAAGCUGGCAAGUUACAACCAAGCAAAAGGCCAGGCAAGUGCUGCACUGAGGAAGCGGAUGGGCAACCUAUCAGUUAAGAGCAUAGCUGAUGUGGUGACCAAGGAUAACUUUGUUUCCUCCGAUUCCGAAUUUCUAGAGACCUUACUUGUUGCAGUGCCGAACAACGACGUAAAAGAAUGGAACAAUACAUAUGAGAGGCUCACACCCCUGGUCGUACCAAGGUCUUCCACGAAAAUCGCGCAGGAUGAAGAUUAUACGCUUUUCAAUGUGACGGUAUUCAAAAAAAUCAAGGCGGAAUAUUCUCAAAAAUGCCGCGAAAAGAAAUUCAUCGUGCGGGAUUUCGUGUAUGAUGAAAGUGAAAUAGAGAAAAGUCGUACUCAACAGAAGGAAUAUGAACAACACGAGAAAGAGCUCUGGUCCGAGCUGUUACGACUGUCUCGAAUCAAUUUUUCGGAGACGUUUCAAGUAAUCGUACAUCUGAAAGUGAUUCAAACAUAUAUCGAGUCACUCUUGAGAUACGGAUUACCGGCGCAUUAUUGUACAAUCGUCAUUAAGCCUGAACCGAAGAACCUGAAGAAAAUUCUUCACCAACUAACCACUUUUUACAAUUCACUCGAAUCUAACGCGAACAGCUCGACAAAGAAGCAGAAGACCAAGGCAGACAAGCACAUCAGUGAUCAAGACGAGCCUAUCGGUGGCGAAUAUGCUAGUGUUCUUGAACAAGAGGUCUUCGAUUUCGUUUUGUUUGAAAUCUUUGACCCGAAGAGGAAUUCUAAGGACCAUUGA